CGCAGGGGGAGGAGCGGCUGCGCCGGCGCCGCUCGGAGCUGAGCUGCUCUUUUGGGACCGGGACCAGCACCGGGAUCGGAUCGGUACCAGAACCAGAAUUGGGAUCUGGACCGGCAUCGGAAUCAGAACCAGGACAGCGGAGCCGGGAGCGCGCCCCCGAGCGGCGGGGUGGGCUGCGGCGGUCAGGGCUGCGCGCCCCCGGCCGGGGCACGGCUCCGCAUCGGGACAGCGCAGCGCAGCUCCGCGCACCCUGCGCGCCUCUCCGCACCGGGGCCAGCACUCCGCGCCUCUCCGCACCGGGGCAGCGCUUCUCGCCUCUCCGCACGGCAGCCUGGCCCCGCUCCGCGCGAUGCUGCCCGGGCGCUCCCCGCACCGCUGCGCCUGAGGCGGGAGCGGGGCGGCCAUGCAGCCCUCGCUGCCUUAGCUGAGCUCGGCCCGGAGCCCGCGGCCAGCCCCCGGCAGCACCGGCACCAUGAGGAACGGCGAUGACCUGGAAGGCUUCGACGGCGAGGCGUCCAGCGCCUCCAUGAUCUCGGCGGCCAGCAGCCCCUACCAGCCCACCACGGAGCCCGUCAGCCAGCGCCGCGGGCUGGGCGGCCUGCGCUGCGACCUGGACUACCUGCGGGGCACCUUGGGCCGGCUGAAGCUGGCCGAGGUGCUCUUGGCGCUGACUGCGUUCAUCUGCAUAGAGACCAUCAUGGAAUGCUCCCCCUGCGAGGGCCUGUAUUUCUUUGAGUUCGUCAGCUGCAGUGCUCUGGUGGUCACCGGGGCUCUCCUGCUAUUGUUCAGUCUUAGCCUUCACACAAGAAUACCCCAGAUCAACUGGAAUCUGACUGAUCUGGUCAACACUGGACUCAGCACUUUCUUCUUUUUCAUUGCCUCUGUAGUACUGGCUGCUUUAAACCAUAAAACUGGAGCAGAAAUUGCUGCUGUGGUGUUCGGUUUCCUGGCCACGGCGGUGUACGCUGUGAACGCGCUGGUGGCGGUGCAGAGGUGGCGGCUGAGCAGCCGGCAGCAGAGCAGCCGCCAGAGCAGCGACUACAUCCGCGCGCGGACCGAGUCCCGGGAGGUGGUGCACCGGCCCGAGAUCCAGCGCCUGGACGCCUGAGAGCCACCCUGGUGCCACCCAAAGGGAAAGCAGCACUCAGCCCCCUCGUGGAAUAAGGGGUUUGCUUUAUUUAAGGAGGAAAAGGUGGAUCCGAGGGUGGCGAGGAUGCCCAGCCCUGCACGUGUGCAGAGAUGUGUUGAGCCAGAAGCUGCUGUCGUGGAGGCAGAAAAUGGUGGUGCUUCAAAAGGAAGAUCCCCUCAAGGCCUCCACACAGACAUGGGCAUAUAUUAUAGAGCUCCCAGAAUAUAUAAUAUAUGUCUGUUCUGAAGUAUGUCAUUGCUUUGGAUUAACUGCACAGCAGUUCCCUUCCCUCUCUGAAGAUCCCCCGUUCCUGUGGCUGCCCCAGGCCGGAGCAGCCCUGCCUGGCUGGUAAGGGAGCAGGGACACCCACGGGAGCCACGGAGCACCAGACGUGCCAAGGAGCCAGGGGCACUCAGCAAUAACUGUCCAUCCCAAACUCUGUCUGUCUGUCCUCCUGCCCUGAGCCUCUGCCCAGCCUGCUGCAGAGCCAUGCCACGAGUGAGUUCUCCGGGGUGCUGGAGGAGCCCUGGCGGCUCUGGCCAAGCCUGGGGGGUCACGGCUGCCCUGGGAGGCACCCAGAGGAGGAGCUGCUGUCUGCUCCUCUUGGGACACUUUCCAGCUUUCUUUCCAAAGUGGGAAAAUAAAUAUGUUUAUUUAGGAGAUGGGGUGGGGAAAAGGGGCUUAAGGGGCACAGUAGAGAAUGAAGGGGUUAUCAUCCUACAGACUUACAUUCCAGCCAUGGCUUUCUUUUUCUUUUUUUUCCUUUUUUUUUUUUUUUAAUGGUUCAACAUGUCUAGAAAAUUUUGCUAGAACUUGCUUUCCCUCUAAGCCCAGGGUAAGCAAGAACUAGCAAAAAUUUAUGUGCUUUUAAAGCGUUCCUAAGGUUGCAAUGUUGUGAUUCAUGUAAGGUAAAUAUUUCUUUUUGGAAGGAUGGUUGUUCUAAAAUUAUACCUUAAUUGGUAGUAGGUGAACCUGAUUUUUAUUUUUACUGGGUGUUUCUGCAGAUUUACUCCCCUUAGGAUUCUUUGAAAAAUGAAUUUAGCUAAUUGGAAAAUAAUAUGAUUGUAUUGAUUUGUUUAGAAAUAGUUUUACUUAGCUGAAGGUUUUUUUAAAUUUUCCUUGUACUUCCAGUGAAUGAAUUACAUUUUCUCUACUCAGAAGUCAAAUUCAGCAGUAAUUGGCUAGAUAAUGUCAUAAUAUUAUUAGGAAGAUAUCUCUUGACAUUUUCCUAUUUCUUUGGUGUUUUCAUCUCUUUAGUGCAUUAUUUGACAUUUGUGUGCCUGUGUGAAAACAGUGUGUGUGGGGAGAGAUCUCCAGAACUGAACUCCUUUGUGGUGUGAGGAAAAUGAAAAUCUGCAGUUAGUGGGAUGGUUUGCCAUGUAUGGCUGACUUUGUGUGUCCUGCUGGAGCUGCACUGCUCAGGGUGAGUGCAGCACCUGCAGCCUUAGGAACAGUGGGCAUGAAAACCAAGUUACACCAAACAGGAGGUCAGGAGAAGUGCCUGGGCUUUUGUAAUACUGGAGGGAGCUGGGAUGGUGAAAGUGUGAAGCUAAUGCUGCAAUAUUCAAACUGAGCAGCAGAGAAUUAUUUUGGUGAGUGAAAAAAAGGUGACAAAGGUGAUGCCUUUCCAUUUUCAAUGUAUUGACAUCUAUAGUGCAUUUCACCUCAGUGGCUAAGGUGGAGAUUAAAAUUCAGAGUUACUGAUGAGGUUAAGGAAAAUUUGCAUUUUCUUAGUGAUUGAUGGUUUACCAGUUCCUACAGUAACAUUUUAUUCUGCUUUACUGGGUGCUAUGCCAAAGGGAACACCAGUUUAAAAGAAGAUGGAACCAGCUCUUGGUGCUGGGUUGGAGCAGACAUUCCACAGAGGGCUGUCUCACCUGGGUGCAUUCCCUGAGCAGUUCCAUGGCCAGUGUGGUAAGAAUGAACAAUUUGUUAUUGCCAGAACUGCUGUGACAGCCCUGCUGUUUGCCAGCCCUGCCCAGGACUGGCAGAGUUUGCAAUGUCAAUUAUUAAAAGACUUUUUAAAAGUAGCACAGGCAUACCCAGUCAGGAAUUUUAAACUGCCAUCAAAGCAGUUUCAAUAAAGAUUGUUGUAAAAAACCCCAAGCAAACCCAAACCAGACCAAACAAAAAAAAACCCCACCCCAAACAUCCCACACCAUAAUCAAGCCAAACCCACCUACUGAAAUACAAAAUAGAGUUCUCCAGAAGAUCCAUGCUUUUAGAGUGGAGCUGCCAUCUGAAAUCAGGGAACAGGGUGGUGUCACAAGGGGGUUUUGUCAGGAGUGUGUCCUGUCACUGGUCAGGGCUGAAGGAGCAUUCCCAGAUCCUCCCUGAGCUCACUGAGAUUGGGGCAGAGCUCUGGGAGCUCUUGUGCCUCUCUAGGUUUAUGAAUUUAGUACCCUUCAAAUUCUGCACAUUUCCUGGCCUAGAAGAAGGGUAACUGGAGGUUUUGCUGUGGAGCGAGGUCCCAGCCCCAUGGAGCUGCAGUGACAGGAGCAGAGUGGGGCAGCCCCACCUCCAGAGGGGGCACGGGGCUGCUGCAGGAGGGCUGAGUUUCCUGCAGCUGGGAAUGCCAGUAUUCAUUACUCCCAUCAUGCCCUGAGCCUAGCACGGCUCUCAGGGUGGAAUCCAAAUGAGAACAGUAAUUUUAAAAACAUUACCUGAUUCACUUCGUGAAACAAAAGCAAAUGUAAAUGUGUAAUUUCCUUAUUUUUGCGACCAAAGAUGAUUUUAGUAUUGUAUAGUAUAUACUUUCUAAAAAAUCUUAAGCACUUAUUGCUCUGCAGAGACAUUAUUUACUAUUUGGAUUAUAUAGAAGGGAUAUAAAGUAGCUGUGAGAGACAACUACACUUGAAAUACUAAGAUCAUUUGAUGUAUCCGUGGCUCAUUUCCCGAGUUAAUUUUACACAGUGUAUUGGAGAGGUACUUUUAAGACUGUUACCUAAACUGCAGUCACACAAAAAAACCCUUAAGGAAGAAAAGAGGGUAGAAAGUUUUAUUUUUUUUUAAACUUGCUUAGAGAAAUGACAUUAAAUUGCUUCUCUCAGCCAGUUAGUCCUGCUUGUAAUUGCUAGCACACAGGGAUGAUUUCUUUUUGUCCUUAAGGGUGCUGUUUAGCUCCAUAAAGGGACUCAAACACCACUGUAAAUAGAACUAAAUGAAAGCAAACAGUUGAGCUUGGUAGGAACAGGAUACUUGAAAGAGUAAGGGUUUGGAUGAGUCCCCUUUGGUCAAAGAGAGCCCUCAGGCCUGGAGUCUGUGUGUAUUUCUGGGUGUAGACAGGACUGAGUUCUGCAGCCUGUGCACAGACAUCACAGUGUUACACAGAAAGCUCUGCCUGGAGCAGCAGCAGGGGAGCUGUUGCUCAGAGCUGGAGGAGGCUCCUGCUCAGUUUGUCAGCCUCAGCUGAGGUUGGUGCCAGGUCCUUGAGCUGUGCAAACAGCCCCAGCAGGAGCUCCUGAAGCCACAGAGGAACUCACUCACGUGUCUGAGUAAAGCCAGUUCCUUCUUCCUUUCCCCCUUUUCCUUUCAUUUGGAAUAUCCAUGCCUCAUGGAUCAAAUGCUUUACUAUUUUAAUUCUUGCUAAGCCUCUGUUGGUCUGUGCAGUGCCUGGAAGAUCAGAAUGUGUCCAAUAUCCCUUGAUGUCAGCUGUGGGGCUCUUCCCUUUCCUGCUGGCUUAGGAGGAGGUUGGCUGGGUGUUCUUUCCCAUGGGACUGUGGGAAGCUGGUGCUGCUGUGAGAUUCCUGGUAGGAGCUUGGGAGGGCUAGAGAGUGCCUUCUGUGUCCUGUGCCUUCUGAGAGACAGACACUGGCUCCAGAGAUCUGAGAUUGCAGCCUGUGCUGCUCACUGGAUUCAGGAGCACAGCAUCAGCAAAGAUCUGUGCCUUGGCAGCAGCUCCUCAGCUAUAAGGGGUCUUUUAGAUGGGAUUUCAGUAAAGGAGCAGCCUGUGCUGCUCUUCCCUUGGCUUAGUCACUGUUGUGACAAACACUUCCCAGUGUUUGUUUGUCACUCUGCUCUCGUGGCAUGCUCUGGCAUUGUUCCAGCUCUCUGUAUUUCAUUGCUGCUUCCAGAAAGAGGAGGGAAAGGUUCCCACUCCUCCCUGAGGGAGCAGUUCCAGUUUCCCCUGUGCAUUAUUCUGUCCAUAUGCUGACUGUCCCCUCCCAGCAGGGCAGAGCCAGUGGUUCAUGGAGUGCUGUGCACACAGCAGAGAGAGGCUCUGCUGCACUGCCCUGUUCUGGCUCAGUUAGCCACCAGCUUUUCAUGAGCUUUAAGGACCCUAAAUGGCUUUGGUCACCUCUCUGCUAUUUUGGGGAUGUGCAGGCACAGCAAAUGCUUACGUAAUCUGUGGCUUUAUUAAUGCAAUUCUUUCUUCCUCCCUCUUCCUUAGGCCUCUUCUUGUAUCUCUUAUUUUCUUGUCUCAUGUCUCAUGUCACGUUGUAAUAAUUUCUACUUGUUUUCUUUCACGAGGGAAAAAAAUCUCACCAAAAAUCUAAAAUAAGCAAGGAUAAUGGUUUUAGGGCAUAAUUAAAAAAUGAAAACAAACUUAAUAGCAGUUCAGAUAGUGUAGGAAGUAAUAUUGUCUCUCUUACUUAGUUGGGAUACUGAUCAGCUUUGUCCAUGGAGGAGCAUGAAGAACAGAACUGUCCUGAAAACUCUGGAGCCAAAACUCUUCAGGGGGCAUUCAGGAUGAUAAAAACACACAGUCUGAUGAGGGAUGGGAGGUGUGAGAAGGACACUUGACAAUCCAGAGCUUUCAAAGUGAGACAGGAACAGAAGGAACCCACAGUGGCCACAGCAGUGCUGGGGAUCUCAGGGGGCUGGGAAAGGGCUGGGAUUGCCCGGGCUCAGCUUCCAGAGGGGAAUCCAGGCUGGUCCCUGCUCAGUCCCACAGGGAGGAGGAAAGCCAGUCUGGCACUUCUGAACAUCAGGAGCUGGGCUUGUGUUGUUUGUAGCAUGAAAUAAUGGAUUGUUCAUUGUCUGGAGGGCCAGCAAAGCUCAGAAUUACUGUGCAGGUACAGGUGUCCUGUGUGUGAGUUUUAAUGGCAACAAAAGCAUUUUAAAAUGAUGCUGAAAUCAGUACAAAAAUGCAUGGAAUGUGUGAAAAUACCUUGUAGAAAUUAUGCCCUGUUCCUCUCUUUAUUUUGACAGAGGGAGUUGGUUAAAAAGAAUUUAUACACAUACUCAGGAAAUCUCUGAAUGUCAUUGUAGAGGGUUUUCCUGGUCAGCCACUUAUUUUCCCUGUCAGCCGCUUGGCCACCUUGAUAGAUCUGCUUGACCAAGUCAGAGUGGUGCUGUCCAAUCUGAAAGGGUUCCCUUGUUUUGGUCUUUUUUUUUUUUUUUUUUUUUUUUUUGGGUUGCAUUUUAAAAAUCUGUCUAUAAUUUAACCAUUUGUAUGCUAAAAAUAAUCUUUAAAAAAAUCUGCUUACACUGUGAUUUCUGGUAUCCUUUAAUUUAGAGUAUACAACACAAUCUAAUUUUCUUUCGGGAUGUGCAGCUUUCAGAAGUGUUCUUAUAUAUGCCCAGAAAUGAAAGUUGUCUAUUUAUCAUAGGAAUGUGAUUAGAUAAAGUAACCUAUCCAGAAUCCCAAUGCAGCUCUUUCAUAUGUGCUGGAUGGACUAGUUAGUGAAAUUGCCUUUUAAUCUCUAUGGGUUAAUAAAUAUUUUUUUAUAACUAACCACAGAUAUUCCUUUUUAAAUUAUACUUGGCAAACAGAAGAUAUUUAAUUUUAUAUACAAUAUACAUAGUUACCUUGACUGACAUAUUUAUAACAUAGAGCUUUGUGUUUACUAUGAAGGUUUUAUCUGUAUCCCAUGGAGUUCAUGGGUAAAACUUUAAAAAGUCAGCAUUUUGGAAGGUUAUGGGAACUUUCUUCAUGGUUUCACAAGGAGGACAUAGGAGCAUUUAAAAGGCAAUAGCCAGAUUGUUUUACAGAGUAUCUGGGGGGGGAGGGUGUGUCUUAUUUUUUGAUUGGGGCUGGUCCCUGCAGCUAUUUUAAUAACAUCUGGAUGUGAGUAACAGAAUGGAAUAUGAGCAUCUGCCUCUUCUGACUCUCACAGGCUAUUGUCUAAAGCACAGGAAGUUUCAGGGUAUUGUAUUGUUUUGCUUCGGACAAAUGUCUCAAUAGACCUAUUUAAUUAAAACCUUCAUGUGUCUGAAAGAAAACAUCCUCUCUUAACUAGGCUGAUUUAUCACUUUUGGUACCCUUUUAAUCCCAUAAGUAGUGUUGUCUAAAUAUUUUUAGUGAUGUUCCAGCUAUCCUGAUGUCUGCAGGUUAAAGUGGUCCUGGCUAGCACCCUUUUAUUACAACAGUUGCUACCUUCAUUUUUCUACUGUUUCUACUUUGAUUUUGAAUGUUUUCCAUUUUCUAUUGUUGGAUCUUGUGGAGGGAGAGUGUCUUAGCACUACAGCUCAUCCAGCUUUAACUCAUACAUCACAGUCCUGAGUAAGAAAAUAUUUUGAAUUAUAUAUUGUGGCCAAGUUAUUGCAUUUUAAAAUGACUUCUAUACUUACAACACAACAUUUAUGACAUAAUAGGACAAAUGACUUAGCUAAUUAUUGUAUCUGUCUAGACUUACUCUCUUUUGUGUUAGUGUCAUUUUGAAACUAUUUGUAUAUGUUGAAGUUUGUAAGGGUUCAGGAACCCACAAUAAAAUAGUAAAGUAUGUAUUUAUUUCUCAUUAUAAUGCUCAAAUUUGAUUUAGAAGUUGACACUUCGUAUGUCUUUUCACAGAAUUGUAAACAAAUACUGAAAAACUGCUUCACCUAGGGUGCCUUCCAUGUGUGGUACUAACACUUGUCAUUCACAGGAACAGAGAUGUAAAUUUAUGAAUCCAGUAAACACUAUUUUUGUAAUGAGAGUCACUAACGCAGCUCUGGCCUUGUUGUGCUUUGUUCCCACCAACACCAGGUUUCUGGCUGCCGUGGUCACUGCCUUCCCUCCCUGUGUGCACUGGAUCUGACCCCUGGGGAAUCGCAGGUUGUGUCUCCUUUGCUCUGCCCUCAGCUGCCCCCCGAGCACAUUCCUGCUGCUCCAGGUUCCCUUCCUUGGGCCUUGUGGAGGGAUGCUCAGUGUGGGGUGUCCGUGUCCUCAGGGCUGACCCUGGCUCCUCUAGACCGACUCUGCAGCCCAAUCCAAACAUUCCAAUUCUGGCUCAUAAUUUAUGAUUUACAGCUUCUGAGGAGGGAGCAUCCAGGAAUGACCAAAAAACUUUAUCUCUCUGGGUGACAGGUGCUGUAUUGACAGGUUUGUAAUUGCAAACAGCUCAGAGGUAUUAUGGAAACACCAGGUUAGAAUUCUAUUCAGGCUGAGCAAAGGGGAUACAAUUUUCCUUUUAUCAUGAGCACAAGUCUGCUGUGCAAUACCCUUGGUACUUUGCUCUUGGAGUGCAGCCUGCCAGGUUCUGUCCUGCAGAGCCCUUGGUGCAGCUCUGUGUGGUGCAAGGGCAGCACCCGGCUGUUGUCCUGCCCUGGGCAGUGCCGCCUCAGCCAGGGCCAGGCCAGGGCUGCCCUGAGCACCAGAGCCUGCUGCAGGGCUGCAGGGUGCCAGCAGGCAGCACAUUCCCCCGGAGACAGUUCACAGCCCUGCAGGAUUUCCCGUUGUUCUGCAGAGCCUGGAGCUGCAGCAGCUGCUCUGAGGUGCUGCCUCCAGCUGGGAGCAUCUUCCAGCUGUGCCCACAGCUGGAACUCACUGCUGGCAGAGCAGCAGCUGCCAGCUCUGGGUGGGAAAGGUGUCCUGGGAAUGCUUGACCAAGCUCAAAGGCAAGGUACUCUACAAGAAAACACAACCUCCUUGUGUACUACACCACUAACCAUCUUUCAGUUGUUGAGUUCUUUCUUUGGUGUCUGUGCUAAUCAAAAAACACAAGCUGAAGAAAUGUAAAGUCUUGCAAUACACAAAGCAGUCUUGGUUUUAAAAUCCAUGCUGUUGCAGCAUAAUUUAAAUGGUGUAUUUAUCGGUUUUAAAUGUCAUUUUGCUUUUCCAGUCUUUUGUAUAUGGGCACAAUACUUUUUGUAAAUUUUUUUUUUAUUUAGUUGUCUUUCUGUCUUUUCUUUCUGGUAUUGGAAGAUUUGAGCUCUCUGGGUUUUCACGGUACUCCUCUGAUCAUACUUCAUAGUGGUAAAAGUCUGUAUUUUUGUAUGUAGGAGAAAUGGAAGUUUUCUAACACUUACCCAAUCAAUAUAGUACGGAAUCAUUUGUGAAGGACUUCCUGUUUAAUAAAUGGACAUAUUAAAGUACUAAA